GAGAGAGGGAGAGAAAUUAAAACAAGACAGGAACAGAGAGAUGGGAUGCUGUCAUGUUGCUCUUAUUGUGAGAGUUUGUGCUGUUGGGAAAGGUCAUACUGGUGUUGUAGACAGGGAUCACAAUAAUUGAUGGGAUGAGAAUGGUGGCGGUGUGUGAGGAUCAGAGAGUAGUCACGUCAGGAAGAUCAAGCUAGAACGUUCUUGAUGCUUUUGUUUAUUAGCUGUGACAAAAGUUGUGGAUAUUUUCACUGUAUAUUCGGUUUCAUACACACCCACAGUUCGCCCCAACUUUGAUGUAGCCUGCUUAGUUCUUUCCACGUUCAGCGCCGUCACUGUACACUUGACUUUCCGUACAGCAAACGACCAACAUUUAUUUACACCUACUGGGUUUUUAAAAGCACCUAUUAAUCACUUUUAGAAUAUAUAACCAAGAGCUGUCAUUCAUAUUGCCUGUGCUUGAUAGCUAUUUAAUUAGAUAAUUUAUCUAUAUUAUCUAGCUAUCUUUAUAGCUAUGCACACGCACAAUCAAUCACAUCAAUUGCUAUUCUUUUGAUACAAGUUAAACUAUCUUCGUUAUUUCAUAACACACUUUCUUCCCCGUCUGUGACCUUUAGCGGUCUCCGAAUAUCAUUUCUUCAAUCCUUCAUUCAACCCCCAUUCAUUCACAUAUAAAUAAACCCAGUCUUAUUUCGACACAUUAUUUAAAUGCAUGCUCCAGACAAACGGACAUACUACUCAGAUAAACUGAAAGCUGGACACAUGCAAAAAGUUGCAAAAACCACAUUGAGAAUCAAUAUGAAUAUUGGAGUAAUACUUCUGUUCUACCUGCUUGGUUUUCUCAGGUGUGAGGCAUAUAACCCUCAUGAUCGUUCUAAAGAUUCUGGAAAAACCGUGGAAGAAACUGCAAAGAAAACAUCAGGUCUGUUGACCACAAUACUCACGUCUCUUGUCUCAAACAAAGCACAACCAAAAAUCGACCCUGACACCCAUUACUUGAGAAUAAUUGAAGGAAAUAUGAAUAAUUUCUUUCCUGGGAAAUUAAAACCUACUCGCAAUAACUGGUUUCAAAUCCUACCUACACCAGUAGUCACCAAUGACGUUUCUUUGAAAACUGUUGUUGGUUGUGUGAUUGCUUCUCUUGGAGAACGUUUGAUUAAACAGAUUGAAAGUGAGGCCCAUCAUCAUGGUCGACAAAAAGCUCGCUUGCAGUGGGCCAAACAGCGUCUUUCUGAAUUCAUUCAGUUUCUUCAAAGAGCAAUAUGUACAUUCGAGUUAGUUGAUAAAAAUAAAAAUUCCUACAUCAACCAUAGUGAAUACACAACUUUUAUGACUGUCAUUCAGGACUAUCUCCUUGCAGGGAAAUAUUUAUACAAGCUUGCUGUUUCUGCAUACCGACAAGUGGCUGAUGACUUUCAAGAUCGUGAAUCACAGUUUUCUCUCUCUUGCAACCAAAAUAACAAACACCAUAACUGUUCUUCUGAUGUUAUUGGUAUUCUUAAACAACUCCAGUGCUUUUCAAAUUGCCGUGAAACAAAUAACUGUCGGAAUAAAAUCACAAAACUGCGAAAAAUGUUGCGCCGAGCAAAACACAUGAUCAUCAACUCAACAUUUAGAUUAAAACAUGAAUAAUCAUAACUCUGCUUUCCACACUAACUUUUCCAUUAACUUUUCCACACAAAAUCAUAACAAGAAAAAUAUACUAAGUAUCCACUAUCAAAACUAGCUUUGCGUGAUUCAGAAUUCGAUUAUUUAGAAUUCAUGACACAAAAGGUAUUAAGUGCUUGAGAAUAUUAUUGAUAGUGAAAACCAUAAAAUUUGCUUGGAAACUAUAAGUUGGUUGUAAAUAUUACAAACUCUGAGCUUUGGUUAUGCACUAUUGUAAACACUGAAAUGAGUGAAACGUUACAUAUUUUAAUCCGGUUUUACAAAUUUUUGACGUGAUUUCCCUUCAGUUUACAGAAUAUCAACUGAAAUGUUGGUACCAAGAUUAAUAAUGUAUCAUUUAAGGGACAUUAACUAAAAAUUUUUAAAUGUUCAACUUUAUUUUCAUUGCUCUAAGCAACAUUUGCUGAUCAAGGUUAUGAAGCAAACAGUAACAAAAAUGACUUUAUAAUGUAUAUAUUAUAUAUAUAUAAUGAAAAUAUAUAUAUAUAUAUAUAUAUAUUGACUAAAAGUAACUGCUUCUUGUAUUCACAUUUCAAAUUCAUGAUGCUUCAUGCAUUUUCUCAAAACAAAAGAAAUUAUUUAUAUGUGUUUGUGCAGGCAUAAAAAUACAUUGGUUAAGUCCCUUUGUUAGUGAUCUUUGGUGUUAUAAAUUUUAAAUUUUUGUUAAAAUUUAAAAGUAUACUGUCAACGUUGGUGCUAAUUAGCUAUUUAAAGCUUUAUAAAGGUUCAUUAAGAAAAAAAAAGUCAUUAUACUAAAUUAGCAAUGAUAUCAGGAAUUGUUUCAAAACGGAUUAUUGUUAUUCUGUGAAUUGAAAUUAAAAAAAAAAAGCUAUGAUGAAGCUGAAGUCAGAAAAAAA